GCUGGCGGGGCUGGUAGGGCGGGGUUGAGUUGGCUCCACCCCGGAGGACUCGCCCUGCCGCGUUCCGAGGCCUUAGGGCCGGAAGUACUGUGGAAAUUGUUUUUCUCUCUCAAAGGUCUCUUCUCACCCCAGCCCUCCGUGAGGUUGUGGUGUGAGCAUGCUAAUCGCUGACUUCUCAAGCCAAGGCUUAAUGAUAUUACUAAUGCUUAGUGAUGUUGACAGUGGACUCCAGACCCAGGCCUUACGUUCACCUCGGGCUUUGUGGCCAAACCCAUGGACACCUGCUACUGAACUCUGAGCGUGUUUUGGUCCAGGUUGCCUUGGUGCCUGCUGCAUCUUUUUUUUUUUCUUCUGUGAGUGAUGUAAUAGUAUUGCACGGCGUUCAUGUUGUAAGUACUUUGUGGAGUAUUCGGACUUGCCUAGCGUGUGCAAGACCUUAAGUUCCAUCUCCAGUUCUGGAAGAAAAAAAAAAGAAAGAAAGAAAAAGAUAUUGUUUUUAAACAUUAAAACAUUAAAGUAGGCAUGGUGUCAUAAACCUGAAAUUCCAGUGCCUGAAACCCCAGCAUCAGGAUCCUGGAGGCAGGAGGAUUAGAACGUCAAGGUCAUGCUCAAGUAUAUAGAGUUCAUCUUCUUCCCAGCCUGUGACACUGGGGUCUAGGGCACAAUGGCCCAGACCCUGGGGGAGGACCUGGUGCUGUCAUCAGAGCUACAGGAUGAUUCUAGCUCUCUAGGGUCUGACUCGGAGCUGAGUGGUCCCGGUCCAUAUCGCCAGGCUGACCGCUAUGGCUUCAUUGGUGGCAACUCAGCAGAACUGGGGCCUGGUCAACCCUCUGCAGACCUCAUCCGCCAGCGGGAGAUGAAGUGGGUGGAGAUGACCUCACACUGGGAGAAGACCAUGUCUCGACGAUACAAGAAGGUAAAGAUGCAGUGCCGGAAGGGCAUCCCGUCUGCCCUGCGGGCCCGGUGCUGGCCACUGCUGUGUGGGGCCCAGAUGUGCCGGAACAACAACCCUGGCACCUAUCAGGAGCUGGCAGCGGCCCCUGGAGACCCGCAGUGGAUGGAGACCAUUGGCAGGGACUUGCACCGCCAGUUCCCUCUGCAUGAGAUGUUUGUGUCACCCCAGGGACACGGGCAGCAGGGGCUGCUGCAGAUUCUCAAGGCCUACACUCUGUACCGGCCGGAACAGGGCUAUUGCCAGGCUCAAGGCCCUGUAGCUGCUGUGCUGCUCAUGCAUCUGCCCCCAGAGGAAGCCUUCUGGUGCUUGGUGCAGAUCUGCGAGGUCUACCUCCCUGGCUACUAUGGGCCCCACAUGGAGGCAGUGCAGCUGGAUGCUGAGGUGUUCAUGGCUCUUCUGCGGCGGCUGCUCCCACGUGUGUACCAGCAUCUGCAGCAGGUAGGCGUCGGGCCACUGCUCUACCUGCCCGAGUGGUUCCUGUGCCUCUUCACCCGCUCGCUGCCCUUCCCCACAGUGCUGCGCAUCUGGGAUGCCUUCCUUAGCGAGGGUGCCAAGGUACUGUUCCGUGUGGGGCUGACACUCAUGCGUCUGGCACUGGGCACUGUAGAACAGCGUGCAGCAUGCCCGGGGCUCUUGGAGACACUGGGGGCCCUUCGAGCCAUCCCCCCGACCCAGCUGCAGGAAGAGGCCUUCAUGUCCCAGGUGCACAGUGUAGCCCUGUCUGAGCGAGAUCUCCAACGGGAAAUCAAGAUCCAGUUGGCCCAGCUGCCCAAGUCAUCUCCUGGGCCAGUACCUCUGCCACAGGCCCGCCUUCCUGGAGCCCAAGCCAUCUUUGAGUCCCAGCAACUGGCAAGGAUUCGAGGAAGCACCAAACCUGAGAUACCCCGAAUAGUGGUGCAGCCCCCAGAGGAGCCCAGGCCACCACGGCGCAAACCACAGACUCGUGGCAAGACUUUCCAUGGGCUUCUGACAAGGGCCCGGGGACCCCCUAUUGAGGGUCCCUCCAGGUCCCACCGAGGCUCCACCUCUUUCCUGGACACCCGCUUCUGAGCAUACCAUAUCUUAAUCAUCUGAAGAGCCAUGCCAGUCCCAGAAAUGUGUAUUGCACUUUACUUUGGAGCUGUGUGACUGCUCUGUUCCCAGCAGGGAGCACCUAGAGGAGGGGAGCAUCUCCCCACCUGAAGGACUGUGUCAGGCACAAAGAUAAAGGAAGGUCACCAAGUGGAGAUUGUGGGGAGCGACCUGGUGCCUGCCAGCAUCAAAGCCAACACUGAAGGAGCGUAGGGGUGAAGCUUCUGGCUGGGAUAUGGUACCCCCAUGGGCUUCUUGUUGGGGAACCUCAAAUAAAACCUGACUGAGAAGA